AUGCGAACGCGUUUCGGCCGUGUGCUUCUGAGUCCCCUCAAUUCCUCUCUCCAGGUGACUUUUGAGUCGACUCAAAAGUCACCUGCUUGCUGGGGGUGCAUGUGUGAUGUGCUUCUGAGUCCCCUCAAUUCCUCUCUCCCUUUUUUUUCCUCCUACCCUCCCUUCCUCGCUCACCCCCCACCAGGCAAAUCGCCUUGGACACGGCAUUCCUGCAGCGCCAGCGCAUCAUGGAUUACAGCCUGCUGCUGGGGGUGCAUUUCCGCCCCACCAAUACUGCGCUACCACCUGUCACCAUCGCCGAGGGCCGCGCGACCCAGGACGGCCAAUCUCGGCCGUCCAUCUCAUCAGGUGCUCAUCUGGGCCGUCCAUCUCAUUAGUCUGGAUAUUCCGUUUUUUCCAUUCCGUUUGCUCAUUUUCCUCCUCCUCCUCCUCCUCCUCCUCCUCUCCUCCUCCUCCUCCUCCUCCUCCUCCUCCUCCUCCUCCUCCUCCUCCUCCUCCUCCUCCUCCUCCUCCUCCUCCUCCUCCUCCUCCUCCUCCUCCUCCUCCUCCUCCUCCUCCUCCUCUCCUCCUCCUCCUCUCCUCCUCCUCCUCUCCUCCUCCUCCUCCUCUCCUCCUCCUCCUCCUCCUCCUCCUCCUCCUCCUCCUCCUCCUCCUCCUCCUCCUCCUCCUCCUCCUCCUCCUCCUCCUCCUCCUCCUCCUCCUCCUCCUCCUCCUCCUCCUCCUCCUCCUCCUCCUCCUCCUCCUCCUCCUCCUCCUCCUCCUCCUCCUCCUCCUCCUCCUCCUCCUCCUCCUCCUCCUCCUCCUCCUCCUCCUCCUCCUCCUCCUCCUCCUCCUCUCCUCCUCCUCCUCCUCCUCCUCCUCCUCCUCCUCCUCCUCCUCCUCCUCCUCCUCCUCCUCCUCCUCCUCCUCCUCCUCCUCUCCUCCUCCUCCUCCUCCUCCUCCUCCUCCUCCUCCUCCUCCUCCUCCUCCUCCUCCUCCUCCUCCUCCUCCUCCUCCUCCUCCUCCUCCUCCUCCUCCUCCUCCUCCUCCUCCUCCUCCUCCUCCUCCUCCUCCUCCUCCUCCUCCUCCUCCUCCUCCUCCUCCUCCUCCUCCUCCUCCUCCUCCUCCUCCUCCUCCUCCUCCUCCUCUCCUCCUCUCCUCCUCCUCCUCCUCCUCCUCCUCCUCCUCCUCCUCCUCCUCCUCCUCCUCCUCCUCCUCCUCCUACUACCCUCACACUCACCCUCAACCUCCUACUUUCACCUUGAACCUCCUACAUGGUCCUUUUCUACCCUCGUCCUUUGCAUGAGGCAUCACAUGCAGAGGCCAUGGCAGAGGGUUGCGUCCACCUCUAUGGCCGAUGCGUCAAUUGACGCCUUCACCACAACAGACAAAUCCAGCCGUCCAGAAAAUGCCACGGAGGGGGCACCUGAAGGGGCGAGAUCAACAGCCAAUGCAACAGUGGGAGGGGAAGAUGGGAAAGCAGGGCAAGUGGCAAAUGGCUUCUUGCUGCCCACAGCUUCACAGCAGCAGCAGCAGCAGCAGCAGCAGCAGCAGCAGCAGCAGCAGCAGCAGCAGCAGCAGCAGCAGCAGGAGGAGGAGGAGGAGGAGGAGGGAGGAGGGAAAGGGAGAGAGCGAAAGAGCUCGGGAGCGGGAGGGAGCAUGGGUGAGGGAGGAGCGGUGGGGGGCACGGGGGAGGGGGGGAGUGGGGUGCUGCUGGGGCAGGGCAUGCCAGCAACGGCUGUGAGGGUGGACAGGCGGACACGCAAGGCUGUGAUGGACCCGGCCAAGAGGGAGACAUACCAUGUGGUGCUGCACUUCGGAAUCAUCGAUAUCCUUCAGGAGUACAACACGCGCAAGAAGGCGGAGCACGUGUGCAAGAGCCUGCGGUACGACGGCACGUCCAUCAGCGCAGUCAACCCAGCUCUCUACGCGUCCCGGUUUGGAAACUUCAUUUCAAUCACAUUCCCCUCCAAUAAUGGAACCUCAAAUGAAGAAAACGAGUGA